GUGGACGAAUAAAGACGUUUUCUUGCCUGCUUUCGAAAGAGGAAACAGGGCACCGAGCCGAGGCUCCGUGGUGCUGAAAGGACAGCUCCCCGGCUUUUUGACAGCUGCAGAUAUGUUCACCCGAAUGUUAAAGCUGAGACUGCUUAAUGCUGUAGCACCUGCGUACUUCUUUGUGGCCACUGCAGUUACGUUUAUACUACAUUUCUUCCUCUUCAUCCCAUCUAUCUUCCCCAAUCCGGACACAUCGCUGAGGAGCUCGACAACCCUUCACACAGCUGUUUUUCUCUUCCUGAUGUUUAAUGCAUUGGGGAAUUACAUAAUGACUAUCAAAUAUCCGGCUGAGAGUGCCAAUGACACAGCGAUUCCGGUGUGUUCACCCCACUGCUCGGACAAAGUGGAUGCCCACUACCUCCUUAACGGACGCCACUUCUGCAAACUGUGCAAGAAGGUUAUUUUCAGGAGAGAUCAUCACUGUUUUUUCACUGGAAACUGCAUCGGCAACAAGAACAUGCGCUACUUUAUCAUGUUCUGCAUCUACACUUCAUGCACAUGCAUGUACUCUUUGGUUCUUGGUGUGGCCUUCCUGACAGUCGAGUACUCCAUCUCCUUUGAGAACCCACUGACCUUCCUGACCCUUCUCCCUCUCUCCACUGGUUACUUCUUCAUGGGCACAAUCUCAGGCCUGCAGCUAUUCUUGGUGCUGAUGCUGUAUGUGUGGCUGGGCAUCGGCUUGGUGUGUGCAGGUUUCUGCUGUCAGCAGGUGCUACUGGUGGCCCGGGGGCAGACCUGGUGUCAGAUGCAAAGAGGGGAGCUGGUGGAGAAUCGCAGCCCUUGGAGAGCAAACCUCAAGAAUGUUUUUGGUGCCCGCUGGAUCCUUGGCCUUAUUCUGCCUGUGCAAACAGUGGAUACAUACUCUGAAGAUACAGAUGACCUCAAGCAAGACUGACGGACAACUAUUCGUCACAAAAAGUUUAAUUUUGGUCAAAAAAGGGGCUCAACUUGUAGAAUGUUGGUGGAAACUGUUUUCUAAUCUGUAUGGAUGCUUGUAGUAAGAUAGCUGUUAGCCUCAUGCCCUUAAAGCCAGGAGCCAUGCUAACAAUGUGAGACAAGUGCUAAGCAUACAUGUUUAUCUUUAAAGAGGCAUUUCUUAAUGCAAUAUUAGAUAAAUAAAAAAAUAAGUGAUAAGUAAAUAAUUUUUACAGCACCCUACCCUACAUGCAUAUCUGUUUACCUUCACUGCAAAAACGAUCUAGAAAUGAGUCAACAUUUCUUGAAUUAAAGGUAUUCCCCCCUUAAUUUGAGCAAGAAAAUAAGACGAUUUUCCAAUUGAAUGAGUAUUUUUACUCUUAAAAUAAGAUAAAUAGAUAAAAUGCUCUUAAAAUAAUACAAUGCAAUUGUUUUAUCUUAUUUUAAAUGAAAAUUGUCUUGUUCCAUUUGGAAAGUGUGUCAUUACCUCCUCUACUCAAGAAAGAUUUGACUUAUUUUAAGAAACAAUGACUUUGGAUUUCAUUGUUUUGCAGAGUUUUGAAAAUGUGUAAAGAAACCUUGCAGUAAAUUCAGCUUAUAUUUUAGCAAUGGCCUCUUAUGCUGAAGGUUUUAGAAAUAUGCAACAACUCAUGAUAACCAUUCCUCUUUGGACAAUCUCGCUAGAUCCUCCAGUCCUGAGUUCCUUCCUUUGCCGCUCUCCUCAUCUCAUCCCACACCGCUUUCAGAUGAUUAAGAGGCUUUCUGGUCGAGUCCGCCAGAAAUACCUUUUUACUGUAGAUGCCUUCAUUAUGAUUCCUUUAUAUACUGUAUUAUGUUUUAUGUUUGAUAGAAAAAAAACAAACUCAGUCUUUAUCCAAAGCAUAGGGUUUUUUUUCUGUCUCUUUGAUGUUUAGCAAAGCUAAGACAAA